AUGGGUGGGCCAAAUUUAGAAGUGUUCAAGUUCGGCAUGUACAUCAUGUUCCCGAUCGGGUUCAUGUACUACUUCGGCAUCAACCUCGACUCAAGAUUCGCCGUUCCGGAUUUCUGGCCCAAGAAGGAGGAAACCCACACGAUCCCCUUCGAUAAAGAGGACAUCGCACAGGAACUCGCGCGACUCAAGCAGCGAAGAUUGGCUGCACGAGCGCACCGACUGGCGAUGGAAAGUCGGGGCAUCGACACCGAAGUCACCACACGCCAGGACGAACAGAAAACUCACCCACGGCCUACGAUUCUCGAAGCAACUACAUUGCAGGAGCCUGAGAAAAGUCAGGUGGCGAGGCAGAACGGAUGGAAGAGCUGGUUUGGAUGA